UUUUGACUAUUUUAGUUUUUUAUUGGCUGCACCCAACUAAAACUGCACAAAAGACUUUUUUCUUCAAUGUUUUGGGACUAAUAUUUUAAGUGUUUUCUGCCUCACUUUGGAAAAACCUGAGAUCUGUGUUAACCUGUGAAAAUGGGGGCCUUGAUUUGGUCUGAAGUCAGGACUGAGAGAGGAGCCUUUUACAUGCUCCUGCUAAUCUCAAUCUGCUGUGUCGGAGGGAAAUGUGAGAUGCAGGAGUCAAAACCUUCACCACCAACCAACUUCCUCACUGUCAAACCCUUCCAAAAUGAAAUGAAUGAACCGCAGGCCUUCCCUGAGGAGGAGAGACCCAGUCUUCCUGUAUUUACUAUGGAUUACCCUCGGAUACAGGUCCCCUUUGAGUUUACUCUGUGGGUGCUGCUGGCCUCCUUUGCCAAAAUUGGUUUCCACAUUUACCAUAAAAUCACCAUUUGGAUCCCAGAGUCCUGCCUCCUCAUUGCCAUCGGCCUAAUAGUUGGCGGCAUCAUGCACUCAGUCAAAGAGGAGCCCCCGGCUGUUCUCAGCUCCAACGUCUUCUUCCUCUACAUGCUCCCACCCAUCGUCCUGGAGAGCGGCUACUUCAUGCCCACCAGGCCGUUCUUUGAAAACAUCGGCACGGUGCUGUGGUACAGUGUGGUGGGAACUCUGUGGAACAGUAUCGGCAUAGGGCUCUCCCUCUACGCCAUCUGCCAGUUUGAGGUGUUUGGACUUCAAGAUAUCAACCUGCAGGAGAACUUGCUGUUUGCGUCCAUCAUUUCAGCUGUUGACCCUGUGGCCGUGCUGAACGUGUUUGAGGACAUCGGGGUGAAUGAGCAGAUACAUAUAGUCAUAUUUGGGGAGGGACUCUUCAACGAUGCUGUCACUGUGGCUCUUUACAGCAUUUUUUCCUUCGUGACAGACAUGUCACUUGUUGAAUCCACUGAUGUGUUCCUGGGUGUGGCCAGGUUCGUCGUGGUGGGGGUUGGAGGAGUCUCCUUUGGCAUGCUGUUUGGUUUUGUGGCAGCGUUCACCACACGUUUCACCCACAACACCCGACAGAUCGAGCCCCUCUUUAUCUUCAUGUACAGCUACCUGGCGUACUUGGUGGCCGAGCUGUUUGGCCUCUCCAGCGUCUUGGCCAUUAUAACAUGUGCCAUAACCAUGAAGUUCUACGUGGAGGAGAAUGUAUCUCAGAGAUCCUGCACCACCAUUCGCCACGUUAUCAAGAUGCUGGCCACCGUCUCCGAAACUCUCAUCUUUUUCUUCCUGGGUGUUGUCACCAUAACAAGUGACCACGAGUGGAACUGGGCCUACAUCAUGUUUACGCUGCUGUUUGCCUUCAUCUGGAGAGUAAUCGGCAUUCUGGUGUUAACCCAGAUCAUCAACCCCUUCCGUACAAUCCAGUUCACUUUCAAGGACCAGUUUGGCCUGUCCUACGGAGGCCUGCGAGGGGCAAUCUGCUUUGCCCUGGUCUUCACUUUGCCCAAUCACAUAAACAGAAGGAAUCUGUUUGUCACCGCUUCAAUCGCCAUCAUUAUAUUCACUGUUUUGGUGCAGGGUAUCAGCAUCCGUCCCAUAGUAGAGUAUAUAAACAUCAGGAGGACCAACAAAGAUCUGAACACCAUCAAUGUCGAGGUUCACAAUAGGGUGAUGGAGCACAUUGUUAGUGGUAUUGAGGACUUGUGUGGACAAUGGAGCCACUUUUACUGGAAAGACAAGUUUAAGAAGUUCAACGAUCGUAUUUUGAGGCGCAUCUUGCUUCGAGACAACAGGGCUGAGUCCAGUAUUGUGUCUCUGUAUAAGAAACUGGAGCUGCAGACCGCCAUCGGCUUACUGGACACGCCUCUGGGAGACCUGAGUGCAGCGCCAUCUAUUGUUUCUCUGCAUGAUGAGAGGAAGGAAGCGUCUCGAUCGAAGAAGAAGUUCCUGGCAGCCGACGUGAGGAAAAUGCACGACAUCCUGUCAAAGAACAUGUACAAGAUCAGACAGAAGACGAUGGCUUACACCAACAAAUACAACCUACCCGAGAACAACCCGGCCAGGGAGAUUCUGAUUCGCCGACAUGCAAGCAUCAGACGCAGCCUCCGUGCUGAAAGUUUCCGUGAGCAGCCUGCACUGAACAUCCCCAAGUCUCAGAAGUACUUCUCCCUCCAGCCUGGCGGGGAUCUGGAGUCUGCCUUCCACCUCAGAAGACGAAGUCAUGGUGGUGGUCAGUUGGAUCGUCUCUCAGACCGUCUCCAAGCUUCUGGUGUGUCGCCCCGCUCCUCAUACCGCUCCGAAGUGUCUAUGAGGAGGUUGAACACCAUCAAGGAGUCUGGGAGUACAGGGGAGAAGCCAGUUGCUCCUGGGCUGGAUGUUUUAGAUGAGAGGGGGCCUGGAAGUCUCAAAGCUUCCAGCCUCAGAGGCAGGAAAGGACCAGUUCCUGCACCUAGGAGGCACAGUUCGAAUCGAGAAGCAGAUGUUGAGCCAGCUGACUCAGAAGGAGAAGGAGAGGAAACAGUGCGUCCUCCCCAGCUACCACCACCUCGAGGGUGGGUGCCGGACAACCAGGAUCUCAAUGGAAAUGGGGCGGGAAACCCACUACUUAGACACACAUCACAGGGGUCUCGAGGCUCAGGAACAUGACAAAGGGAAGGACGGAGGGAUGAGGCACGUGAACAGAGGUAGAGCUGCUCUGGAGGCUGAACUAUUGGUUGAGAUAAACACCAAAAACAUAGAUGUAAAAUUAGCUAAAUGACAAGUGAAAAACAGGAAAUAUGAGUGAACAAUAUAAAAUAGAAUAUAAAUGACAAAUAAAAGACUGAUGAUUUUAUAUGACUAGUUAGAUUUUUUUUUCAUUAGGCCACAAGAUUUCAUGAUAUUGAUGCCUUGGAACUGCUCUUUUUUUUUUUAGAUAAAUUAUAUCUAUUGGGUUUUGCCCACUGAGGUUUAACUCAACCAGUUGCAUUAUUUCUGCCUUAUGAAAUCUUUCUCUGAGAAAUAACUGUGUUUGUAUGAUCAAAACUACAAUUCAAUGACCUAAACUUACUGCCAUGUUCUUCAUUGGUGCAUGCGUAUGAGCACAUGCAAACACACCUUUUUAUUGUCCGUCCUUAUAGUGUCUAAGAAGGUGUACAUGGGGAGUCAAGAAGGUCUUGAUCACUUUAGAAUAUUUAAAAUUAGCAUAUAUUGUUUAUUGAGUUGUCUUUUUUAAACAUCGUGGUGUGAAUGUAAUGAGUAAAUGUUGCUAAAAGUACUGUAUAAAAAUAAAUGCAACAAACCUCAGAUCUCUUGUAUUCUUGUAUGUGUUCAACAUUAGCUCCACAUGA